UUCAUGUAUGGAUGAUUACACGUAGUAGCAGAUGCGGUUGAUCAUAAUAGAUGUGCACAAUCGUCUUCAUAUUUCUUGUCAAGAAUAUUCCAUCAAUUCAUGGCAAGAUGAUAAUGUUGGACUAUUUAGAGAGGACUGUGUUCUGAGAGAAAACAAACGAGGCCUACUCUGGCACCUUACCACCAGAACAACUCCGAUGUCUAUUUCAUAACCCCAGCAUGAGGAGGUUCCUGUGCAUAAUGUUCCUCGCAUGCGUUGGCACCUUGUUCGUAUCGUAUUAUGUGCAAUUUAUGUAUGUACAUUAUAUGUUACCAUUGACUUCAAAGACGCUUAAAAAACAAGGAAAUGAUGGUGAUUAUUGGACAGAGCCUUUGCAUUUUAAACUACACGAAAUGGAAAUACACAAACCAGUGUUGGUCCCGCCCACAGCUGAAACAAUCCCUGGUCUGUUUAAUUUCUCAAUACUAAGACCAGACGAAAAGCAACACCGGCUCCUCAACCUUCACCUGUACAGCUUCACCUUGACCUCUGACCUGUGUCAAGGUCGUUCUGUGUUUUUGCUGAUCCUCGUUCACACAUCGGUGUGUCAUUUUAAGCCUAGAAGAAUGAUUCGUAACACGUUUGGAAGUGUGAAAAAUAUAUCAAACAAGAAUAUUGUUGUAAUUUUUUUAGUUGGAACAAACGAAAGGGGUGAUUGUCAGCAAAAUGUUGAAAACGAGGCUGCUGAGUUCAAGGACAUUGUACAAGGUAAUUUCAAGGACGUGUAUGCAAACCUCACCCUCAAACAUGUCAUGGGCCAGCACUGGACGUUGAACCAUUGCCCGGAAGUGACGUUUAUCCUCAAAAUUGAUGACGAUGUUUUUAUGAACCCGUAUAUACUAGUUCGUCAUCUCCUACAAUUGGAUCCUACAAAUGUGCUAGAAUGUUCAAUAAUAAGAAAUAAACAUACGGCCAGAAGAAAUGAUUCUAAAUACCAAAUGUCCUAUGAAAUGUACCCGUUUACAAACGUGCCAGACUUUUGCCAAGGGUUUGGGUAUAUUGUCUCCCCUGAUGUUGUGUCACAGUUAUACCGUGCGUCAUCCGUGACGCGUUUCAUAGCCAUGGAUGACGUGUACGUCACGGGGAUUAUCCGAUCCAACCUGGGGAUGACAUUUAACGACUUCAAAAACACGAGACAUGAUUGUCCAAAAAAACGAAUUCUGCCGGUGUCUGUUUUGAAUUCAACAGGUAUAAUGCUUGCUUAUUUGGAUAGGUCGUGUCUUGCAGCAAUGUUUGACAAAUGGCCGACAAUUCAAGCCUACUUCACAGGAAUGCGCCAAAUGCAUGCAAAUGAUUUUAUCAAUCUCACGUCUACUUCAUAAACCUUUUAACGCACUAACGGUAGCGUAGCAAAACGGAGUACAUUUUGUAGUAAAUUUCAAUGGAAAUUUCACAUGGGGGAAAAGCAUGUAAUCUUUAUUUUCUGGUGGUUUGAAAUGAAAUGACGUUUGGUAUUAUCUGCCCUUGGACAGGGGUGAAGGUGAGAGAGAGAAUAAAUAAUGGCGGCAAGUAAACUUCGUCUGGGUGUCUGUGGUAGCAAGAAUAAUUACAAGAUGUGGAAGACAGGUCCCUCAACGCAUAAUACUUACGCAUUGCUAAAUGCGGCGUUAAAAAAACGAACACACACUGGCAUUAUUAGCCAAAUGUGUUGAUAAAUGUCACUGAGCACAGUUUUCAAUAACAUGAAUAUUUGGACUGGAACACCAGUUUUUACUCUUGUAUCGUUGCUUGUUUUUACCUAAUAAACGAAGAACACUGACAUUGUUUUAAGUGGAUUGUCGAUCUGAUCAUGGAUAUUAGCCUUUAAUCAAAGGUUAAUGUUGUAUAUGUGCUAAAUGACUUUUUC